UACUCGUUCGAUUUGAAAUCAGGAAAUUUCCUUGUGAUCGCGCUGAGCAGCACGGCUCCCGUCGCGUCGCAGUCGCGCUAGGUAAUCAAGUGGUGGCGGUCGACGCGCGCGGUGUCGCGGUCGUUAUCAAUAUUAUUAUUAUCGAUAUAAUUACCGCCAAGACAUUGGACAGCCCCCAGCUCGAUUACCGAUCGAUAAAUACGUGCAAUUACAGACCGCGAGCGCUGCGCUACGGCCGCUCCACUGACAUAUUAUAUAACAUACAGGGCGGAGGACGAGACAAUAUUCAUGAUGGAACACCGCGUGAGUCUGACAUGUGUGCUGCUGGUGUCGCUGCUGGCCGCGUGCGCCGGCGCGCUGCGGAAACACACGGUGGAGCAACUCCAGAACACCUACCUAACGAAUUCUGGGAAUUGGGGCAGUGUGAAGAUCCCCAAUGAGGUGAACUCAGUGAGCGCAGUAGGGGCGAAGCCUAACCACCUGCAGUACCCGUCCGCGGUGCUGUUCGGUCGGACCUGCGGUGGUACCAUCAUAAGCCCCACAUGGAUCCUGACAGCAGCCCACUGCAGCCUCUCCCGUCAUUCCAGCACAAUAUUUACCGGCGGGCUGGAGGUGUUAGCGGGCACCAACAACACGGCUGACGGCUCGGGGGUCUCGCGCCGCGUGAAGCGACUCGUCGUGCACCCGCUCUUCACUGUCGGACCCUACUGGCUCAACGCGGAGAGAUUCCACUUCAAACAGAUAGCGGCUCGCUUUGACUACAUGCUGGCGGAAUUGGAGUCGCCGCUACCGCUGGACGGCGUCACGAUGGCGGCGGCGGAGGUGGACACGCGCGCGCGCCUGCCGCCCGGCGAGCAGGUCGGGUACGCCGGGUACGGCGCAGAGACACACGGGGACGUAAUGCGGCACGACAUGCACGUGUUCGAGCUGGAGAUCCAGUCGGACGAGGUGUGCUCGGAGCUGGAGCAGUACAACCCCCAGGACAUGCUGUGCGCGAAGGGCCGCCCGCCAAAGUACGACUCCGCGUGUAACGGCGACAGCGGCAGCGGGCUAAUCAGCGCGGGUCGCGUGGUGGGCGUGGCCUCGUGGGUAGAGGACGACGCCACCACGUGCGCGCCCGCCAAGCGCGUCGUGUUCUCGCGCGUCGCCACCGCCAGGGACUGGAUCAGAAAUGUCACCGGCAUAUGAGCUCACACGACUUAUUAUAUAGAUUAUAGAGUAAGAGCCUACGACGCGCGACGGCCAGACGGGCCAGACCCCAUAUCAGAACUGGAUACCUCCUAAAGUAACCGCGACCGAAACUUCAUAGUAGCUGGUCGUUCUCACCUCAGUAAAGGGCACAAACUGGUAAACCUUCAGCUUUCCUAAACUGAGGAGGGUCUGCCAUCGCAGGCUCUUGGUCCAAUAUUGUAAUAUCAUACCACCAGAAAAUUGGUUCAUAGGCAGAUGGCGGACCGAUCUUAUUCGCUCGGGUAUGCAAAGUCAAUCAUAAUCUGAUGCGUGAGAUUGACAUAAUGCGACUUAUACCUGGUUUCUAAGUUUUUUUGUAGUCAGUCAAUAAAAAGAAAUAGUUAAUUGAGAAACUUUCGUCAAAAAACCUCAGAAACUGGGCGUUAAUAACGUAAGACUCGCUUUUUGCCUAUGGAUCAAUUUAUCUGAUUGUACUUAAUGAAAAUACUCUACCUAUUUCCCAUUCUGAAAACAAAUCGUGUAUUCAAACGAGGAAAUUAAAGCUUAGCUGCUAAGCUCUUCUAUCAUGUGUUAGCCCAUAAAGUUAAUAUACCUAGCGGAAUUCCUCUAGGUAUAUUAACUUUAUGGAUAAGCCUUAGCACCUGAUAGAAGCAGAUCUGACUGCGAUAUGUUUGACAAAAAAUUCUUAUUCCCUUUUAGUACUUUAACCAAUCUUGACUAUAUCCUAUAGUUUUAUAAGUGUUCACAAAAUGUUGACAUUUGCUAGUCCAAUGAACUACUGAGAGAGUUAUUGUAAAUAAUUUUUAAUAAACAGCUAUAUAUUGUUA